AUGACUCGCAAAGGAAAAAAGCAGGAAGAACGAAAGGUGCGGUCUUCGGACUUCGCCAUGUACCAGACCGCGAAUUCCAGACCAACGGGAUUACAUCACAUCUUCGACUCGUUUUAUCACGACACAACGGCAUACGGAGCGGCCGAUCAAUCACGAAAUGGGCGCUCUGAUGACACAUCGUGCGCCUUUUCACAGUCACAGGCAGAACUUCUCAAGGCGCUGGAGAAGCUCACGAAGAAAGAUGGCACCACCAAAUUGAAGGCCAUCGAAACCCUCCUUUCGCUGCUUGAUGACACCCAAGACUAUGUUUUGGAGGGCUUGGUACCAGAUUUCAUCCAUCUUUUCAAGCGUAUAGCAGUGGUAGAGCCCUCCAAGAAAAUACGUCUCCACCUUGGACAGGCCCUCUUCCGCAUAGCCAAAACACUCAAAAAGCGUAUGCAGGUUCACAUGGACGGAAUAGUGACCUACUGGUGGAUGGCCAUGCAUGACGAAGCACCGGAUGUGGCUAGCGCAUAUAUUGACGCCUUUCACAGUCUCUUUUCGGCACCCGACGCCGAAAAAGCUGAACUUGAUCGCAAGACAUUCCGCGUGCUUACACAUUUUAUCCAGACAAUCGCGAAUACCAGCCUAAUGCUCCUAAGUCGUGAUAUCGAUGAAUAUAAACGCGAUUGGAUGGAUACUUUUGGCAAGACUUGCGACAAUUCCGCCACCAUUUCGGACAUGCACAAUAGGCUCGUCUGUUCGCUGUUACAAGGUAUUGUGGAUCUUAUGAUGCAGCAAAGACAAUUCGCCAAUGAACUAGAUGGAGAUAAGUUCCCUGCUGCAGUAUUUGUGAACAAUGAGUUCGUCAACAGAAUUGGUUCGCUGUGCCUCAACGGCACCUUCAGGCAGCGUCUAGCAGGCGCUAGGCUACUUGUUGAAUUGGUCAAAGUCUUGCCGGCAGAUAAUCUGCCCAUCGCAAAGAGGCUCUUCGAAAUAGGGAGGAAACGAGCCCAAGAGGACGAAGAAGCGCACAUUACGUACCAACAUGUACGUCUGAUUUGUGCUUGUGCUAGGUACAAUAGUGCAUGUUGGGAACCCGCAGUGUUGGGGAAUUAUGCGUCAUUUGUCAAGAGGCUCCUCGAAAGACACUCAGAAGACUCUGCAGUGACUACGGAGCUGUAUUCCCUGUGUCCCUGCCUGGUCUCGUAUUUGCCGCAGGAAUGGUUAAGGUCGCCCUCCGGGGAACAAGCUGUCCUUGAAGUCAUUAAACACAUCCUCCAGCUGUUGAGUGAGAAGUUACAAGCGAAUUAUGAGAGAUCAUAUGCAUGUGAUGUCAAAAUGUUGAGCCAGGUGGGCAGCAGUAUGCUAUAUUGCUACUACCGCAUACUUAUGCUUAUAGAAGGUAAUUGCGAAACAAUCGCACGACACGCCAUUGCGCCUAUAUUGGAGCUGCCAUACGAGAGCACGUCACUCGCUAAACAUUUCCUAUCGCAACUUCCGCGGAUAUUUACCGAGUUCAUAGAGGAAGCGGAGGCUAUGAAAGCGCCAGAGGCCGUCAAUAUUAUCCUGACGACGUUAAGAAAAGUAGAUGAGAAGCAAGUCGACGGAGUACUCAUUACACGUAUAUUUGACUCCCUGUCAAAAGGUGGGCAUAAAGAUGUAGGAGAUGUGGAACACCAUGAGAGCAUAAAGUCUUACGUCCGUGAUGCACAAAAGGGCCUGAAGUCGCGUAUCAUGGAAGACGAGUUGCCGUCAGUUCUUAUGGAAUUUUUGGCCGAACCACAAUCUCCGUCGUGCGUGGAGCGUAUCGACGAGCUGUUGAGUGUUGCCGACGGCAUUGCCACGCUGUCCACGGACUCGCAAAUUUUAGAGGCUCCGCGCUUCUUUAUGGAACAAAAAUACCAUGACAGUUGGGAAUUUGAGGCUGCGUUUGCAAAGUUGUCACGCGUAUUGAAACUGCUUGAACCAUUGCUGAAUGAACCUGAAAAAUAUUAUCCUGAGGAAACGGAUGCAAAAAGCGUACUGCUAAUAUCUUUGGUGGCAUUGCAAAAUUCAGGCUCCGAAGACAAAGCAGUCAACCUAGCAAACAAGAUAUAUAGCUGUAGGACUGAACUUUCUGAUGGCAAUUGCUUGGCGGUUUUCCUCAAAUUCGUCAGCGCGUCACAACGUUUUUCGCAUCGCCUGUCUCAAUCGAUGCUCAAGUGGUUGAUGCAGGCAGAACAUAUUAAUGUCGCAACUUGUGAGGCCAUAUACAGUGCCGUUGAUGUCUCGUCGUUGGAUGCAGAGGGUGUGCUUAGUUAUGAGCUGCUCCACACUGCACUGCAGUUCGAAAGGAAAACAGCCAUUAAGGGCUACAAGCCGAAGGAGCAUUUGAUGGUUGACGAUGUUGUUGCAUUUUACUUGGUCGGGUAUUAUGCAAACUUGUUGGUUAGAAUAGACACCCUUCUUAAAUUCAGCCUAACACUUAUGCCGUGUUGGAAACAGGGUCAGUCAACUGCCGACAGCGCUCGCCUUAACUCAUUUCUGCAACUGCUACAGCAGGGAAAGGAAACGUUUAAGUACUCCCAUGAUACGAGCAGUGAAGUUGUGCUCAACAAGGAUCUUGUGUACGCAAUGAUGUCUCUGCAAUCUACGCCAUGCAGGUGUACUAUGUCGAUAAGUCGUACGAUAUCGGCACUCACGAAAUCGUCAGACCUAUUAUAUACGGUGAUAUACCAUAGGAAUGCAGUUCUAUUUGCCCAUUUGUGGUAUAUGAACUGUGAAUCCUACCUAUUCGGCGCCGAUGAAACUGGUAAACUGCGCAGGGAUGCUGAAGCAGUUAAUGAGACGGCAGAUCAUUCGGAUGGCGAUAAGGCAGAAGGCAAUGACGUUGUUGUAUCAGAAAUUCGUGGUGAUAAAGUGGACGUAGAGAACUUUGCUUCGGUGUUGGUACCGACGUUGGUGAACGAUGGCUUCAAUUAUCCGUUGUUCGAAAAGCUGGUUGACAAAGUGGUCAAAAGUCGUAUAUGUUUGGAUGCAAUAACUACCACCUUAGCUAAAUAUAUAUGUUCUAAGACGUGGACAUCCAAGUUUGAAUACGCAAGUAAGAUCCAAUUGUUCGACAGCUACCUUCUUAAGUUGGAUGCCUACGAUGAGUCAUUGAUCACUCUCUUCAAGCAACAAUACACUUCAAACCAAUUCGUUGGAGGAUUUGUUGCUUCCGUGAAACGCACGGGGAAUGUGCCAGUAGCGACGACGGAUGACAUCUUGUCAGCUAUUGAGUCAUGUGGUGAUGACGAUUUAGUGCUCAUGACAAACUGUCUGCUCGAGCUGACUCCAGUCUUUGCCGAUGGUUUUGUAAUUGCAGAUGGCAACUUGACUUUGAAAGAGGGAUGCGAUGCGUCUUACCUUUCGGAAAAAAUGGCAGCCGUGCCCCUAGCCGUUUUGGGGAAACUACAGAUAUUGAAGUACAAAGAUGCUUGUACGGCCUACUGGCUUCAUAGCGCCCUCUUGGACUUCUUCUAUACCUGUUCAUGCUUGGUAAAGGCGUUAUCAUUGGAUUCAUUAGCUUUCUUAAAGUUUAUGGAAGGUGGGUGGAUUAUGAGUGCGUUGAGUUUCUGCUGCCGUAACCUGUCAGCACCCUCCCACCGUGUUAUCAACUUAUUCGCGGAAAUUAUGCACUUCUAUUUGUCAAAUGAAAUCGUAUCAUUUAAAGGAAUGCGCGUGGACCGUGAUGCUUAUGAUUUUUCUCUGGAUAGCUUGAGGGAAUAUACGGACGUGAUGGAGGCUCUGUCAGCCGAGAACGUGGCUCAAGCUUUGGCUGAGGGUCCGUUUGGCACAACGAUGGAAUCAAUUGACCCGCAUUAUUUUGCAUCAAUGGUAGUUCACUUUGUGGAGUCCGUUGACUCUCAAGCAACAUCUGUAGACCAGGACGACUGCGACCUACAGAGGGCAUUAAAGACCUUAAAGGCGGCGACCUACGAAUUUGUGAGCUUUUUAUCAAAAUCGCAAUCCUGUUACAUAUACAGCCUGUCUUUUGUUUCAAGGCUCUGGUGCUGCUCGUUCCUUUUCUCAAAUAUCGCAGACUACAGUGGCGCCUUGUGUAACGUGGACCUUGAGCACAACAGCAUUUAUCUGUUGAUACCCGGCAAAUUCGCCGCUGUGGAAAUACACCCGGAUGUAAACAAUGCAGUUAACCGAGAGGACGUCCCUAUAGACCUCUCCCAGCUGCUGUUGAAUGCACUGCAGGAUCCAGAGGAAAACCACCCGGUAGGCGUGGAUGAAACACCCGCUGACAACCCUGAGGAAGAGUCUGUAUCACCAGCACCCGAGCAGAACGAAUACUUCGGUCGUAAGGCGAUUUCUUUCUAUUUCAACGUACUCUUUGGGCCACACAUCACGGGAGUCCUGUUCAAAACCUAUGACAUCUUCAUUCAUUCAUGCGACCAUCGGGACCUAGAGCUCUGCCUGACUGCGUGGCUUAGUGCGUUCAUGUUGUUGCAGCAUCUUGUGGAAUCGAAGCAAUUGACAUUAAAGAACGCAAUCCUUAAGGUACUGACUGCCAGCCCAUCGGAGGCAGGGGGUGCCAUGUACGAAACCAUCAAGGCACAGGUCACUAAAGGUGUCGCCGAAGAUGACAAGGAAUACGUCAACGCAUGGUGGUUAGCAGACGUACCUGUAGUGCCUGAAUACGCCGACGAAUCGGCAUUGCAUGUUCUGCUGAAUGUGCUAAUACUGUGCCUGGAGAACCUGUACCUGCAGGAGGAACGAUAUCGACACCUCGUCAAAACACUCUACUACAAGGUGUCUAAGGUCUUCCCAGAGGAAGUGAACCACGUAUGGAACCAAUGCAAAAGUGGGUAUGUGAAGAAACAGAUCAAGAAGUUCACGAAAACCGAGAUCACCCAGCGCCUUAUUACCGAUGAAUUGCGUGCUCUAAAAGCAUGCAAGUCUAGUGCGCUGCACAUCACUCACGACGCUGAUUAUCGCAAUCUGUACGCUUCUCUAGAUACAAAGGCUGAGGUGUCUAUAAAGCUGACCGUCAAGAUACCAGGGGCAUUUCCACUGGAACCGUUGUCGUUCACAUCCACGGAGGACGCAGCGACGUUUAAAAACAAACAUCUGAGGUGGUUGAUGAUGGCACAGAGCGCAGCAAAUAGGGGCGGUAUCUCCCAGGGAUUGCUGUUGUGGAGCGAUAAUAUCACGAAGUUCUUCGACGGAAUAGAGGAGUGUCCAAUUUGCUACUCCAUAGUGCACCUGCAGUUCAACAGCAUCCCCAGCAAGACGUGCAAGGUCUGCAAGCACAAGUUCCACACCGAAUGCCUCUACAAGUGGUUCCGCAACGCGCAGAAGGCCAAGUGUCCGCUGUGCCAGUCUACGUCAUCGUUCACCAGCUACAACUGA